AUGCCGGAUAGGUGUGUUAAAUGCGCCGGCGCCCACGCAGGAAGUGCGUGCCCCGGUCCGCCCACCGAGAAGCCGACAUGUGCACUCUGUGGCGGUGCUCACGUGGCCAGCUAUCGUGGGUGUGAGGUGUGGAAGCGUGCCAUCGCUCGCCAACGUGGCCAAACACCAGCGCCGCGUCCGAAGAAGCCAGCAACGAGACGGCCCGGCGUCUCUUUCGCGGCGGCAACGUCAGGGGCGCCCUCCGCCGUCCCGGCUGCGUCGGCUGAUCCUCCUCCUGCUGCUCGCCAACGUGGCCAAACACCAGCGCCGCGUCCGAAGAAGCCAGCAACGAGACGGCCCGGCGUCUCUUUCGCGGCGGCAACGUCAGGGGCGCCCUCCGCCGUCCCGGCUGCGUCGGCUGAUCCUCCUCCUGCUGCGUUCGAUGCCGUGCCGAUACCUGAGGCUCCUGCGCCUCCACCACAGCUGCUAGUGGCGGACCCGGGUACUGCCUCUCCCGGGACGUCGGCCGGACCGCGCCCCGCCAAUCGCCGGCGCGGCGGUCAGCGCCCCGUGGGUACCCAGCGCUCAGCACCGUCAGUCGGGCAGCCCCAGGUGGACUCUCACAGCGAGUCAGCGACGACUCCCCCUUCCAGCGACGGGGCCGCGCCGGCUGCCUCCACCGCUGACCUGGCCAACCUCGUCGCACAGCUCACUGCCCUGGUGACCAGUGCUACGAAGUUGAUUGAAGUCCUGUCGCAGCACCGCUGA